AGAUCUAGCCGGAGUUGUGCACGUGGGACCGGAGUGUGUGAAGUGUGUGUGGAGAUAAGAGGUUUUGGGUUGGAUUUAGCUGAGACUCCAUGUUUUACUCGCACUGAUGACCAACAGGACGGCUCAUUGAUGACCAGGAGGGACAGAUGAGAGCGGAGUGAUCGGAGCACCUCUGCCGGGUCCUGCAGACCUUUCCUUUCGUCGGAAGGUUGAACCGGAGCGACGCGACGCCCUACAGCGUCCGGCUCUCGUCAGUCUCACCAUUUCCUGCUUGUGUUGGUCCCUCAGCGCUUCAAAACUGUUUCUCCAACGCUUUUUCCAGAAACUCAGACUGUUUUCCAAAGCAGAAGCAGCACCAGCCUCCCAGACUGAGGGGAUGGGAAGUGUGCGGGCUAACCGCUACAGCAUAGUGUCAUCAGAGGAGGACGGAAUGAAGUUGGCCACUAUGGCGGUACCCAAUGGCUACGGGAACGGGAAGAGCAAGGUGCACACCCGGCACCAGCCGCAGAGCAGGUUCGUCAAGAAGGACGGACACUGCAACGUCCAGUUCAUCAACGUCAGCGAGAAGGGGCAGCGGUACCUUGCUGACAUUUUCACCACCUGCGUGGACAUUCGCUGGCGCUGGAUGUUCGUCAUCUUCUGCUUGGCGUUCCUGCUCUCGUGGCUGUUCUUCGGAUGUAUCUUCUGGCUGGUGGCUAUCUUCCACGGCGACCUUGAAAACAAGAGCCCGAAAUGCGUUUCGAACGUGAGCUCCUUCACAGCGGCUUUCCUCUUCUCCAUUGAGACGCAGACCACCAUCGGCUACGGCUACCGCUAUGUGACGGACGAGUGCCCCGUUGCGGUCUUCAUGGUGGUGUUCCAGAGCAUCGUAGGUUGCAUCAUUGAUGCGUUCAUCAUUGGUGCGGUCAUGGCCAAGAUGGCCAAGCCCAAGAAACGCAACGAGACGCUGGUGUUCAGCCACAACGCCACUGUAGCCAUGCGGGACAAUAAGCUGUGCCUGAUGUGGAGGGUGGGGAACCUUCGCAAGAGCCACCUGGUUGAAGCCCACGUUCGGGCUCAGCUCCUGAGGUCUCGCACCACAGCAGAGGGAGAGUUCAUCCCUCUCGACCAGAUGGACAUCGAUGUAGGUUUCGACAGCGGCAUCGACCGCAUCUUCCUGGUCUCGCCCAUCACCAUCGUCCACGAGAUCGACGAGGACAGCCCCUUUUACGACAUGAGCAAGCAGGAGCUGGACAGCUCAGAGUUCGAGAUCGUGGUGAUACUGGAAGGCAUGGUGGAAGCAACCGCCAUGACCACGCAGUGUCGCAGCUCGUAUCUGGCCGGCGAGAUCCUCUGGGGCCACCGCUUCGAGCCGGUGCUGUUUGACGAAAAGAACUACUACAAAGUGGACUAUUCUCGCUUUCACAAGACCUACGAAGUUCCCAGCACCCCCCUGUGCAGUGCCAGGGAACUCGCAGAGAAAAAAUACAUCCUCCCCAACCCCAACUCCUUCUGUUACGAGAACGAGGGGGUGCUUGCCAACAAAGAGGAGAAGGAGGAGGUCGGGGACGUUGGCGGACCGGGACAGACGAUCACUGGCUUGGACUCGGAGCUCAAUCAGCUGGGCGUUCCAUCAGAGUCGCGGCCGCUGAGGCGGGAGUCGGAAAUAUGACUGCGCCGACCUCUCGGACGGGUCUAGCAGAAUCCUGCGGCUCUAACAGACACUUAGUGCUGGACUGAAGAAUAAGAAGAAGAAGCCCCGCGGGGGGCGCAGACUUAAGCUGACGGUACAGCUGUGAAGAUGGGGUUGACGGACAAUCUGUACAAGAGUGUUCUUACGAAUAUGCAUGACUUAAAAUACAAAAUACAACACAAAAAAACAGACUAGAGGCAUUGCACUGUGAACGGAAGUGCACAGAACGGAGGACAGGGGGAUUCGUCCCGUUAUGCAACACUACCUUUUAGACUGGUCAUUCUGUACAUCCCGCCGCGGGCAGGGUGCAUCUGCUACGUGCUAAAGCUACAAAACUUGAAAAUGUCAGGCAUGUUCUCCUGUGCAUUUAUCCGCCAGCGUGAAGCGCUGAAAACGUGAAAUAUCGAAUUUAAGAUUUAGGUUUUACUGGCGAUGCUAAUGCUAACGCUAUUUCUAAUGGUAGACACAUGGUAGAGCUAAUCUACCUGAAACCUUACUUACUCUAAUGAAGAGCAGACUGAGCCGAUUUAACAGGGUUAUACCUUAGAUUUGUAUUAUUCACUAAUCAACCAAAAACAGAAACAACUAGAGUAGAAAAUGAUGCUUUCAUGAUAUUAAAUUAUAGCUACUGUCAGUGUUACCCAGCUUUCCAUAGUAAACCAUAGUAUAUAGUAUUUAUUGAUCUGUAUCACCAAGUUCUGCUCAUUCUGGGUUCUGUUUAAGGUCCAAUCCCAAUUUUGUUAGAUUCUUGUUAGGUUGGAGGGGUUAGGGGAUGUGUUGGGGCUGGUAAGAAGCAGCAAAAAAGACCAAAGAAAGCCACAAAUUAGAGUAUUUUCCUUGGUAAAAUUAUGAUAACCAACAUAUUACCAAAGGUGUAGUUUUAAUGUUUUAAGGCCAUUUUCUUCAUAACAAACAUUUAAAAGAUGAUAGUAGUUCAUCUCAGUAGCUUGCUAGCGUUCACUAACUCCCCUGUUCCACCUUAAACGGUGCAACAGAUGGCACCAGAGGCUUCAGCAUUUAAGGUAGAAUGAAAAAAAUGUCGAAAAAAAAAGCUUAGGUUGCUGAACUUUAGCAAACUCUCCACUCCUAAAAUACUGUAACUAUCACUCUGUUCCAAAGGGAGAAGUUACACUUAAAAACAAGGGGUAGGGGUACAACAGAGAAUUGGGACUGGGCCUUAAUCCAAUAUUAAAUUGAGUUAAAGGUCGUUGCCAUGUGGGUCAGCCAGACGUCUUCUUAGCUUAGGGUCUUGAGUAGAUCAGAGCUCAAUUUGAAAACGUUAAAAGUCCUUUACAGGGUUUUUAUUGAUAUUUAAAUAUAUAUAUUAAUAUAUAUAUAUAUAUAUAUAUAUAU